CAGGCAGCAGAGAAAGCAGGCUCUUUGUCUGACAUCAUCUUUCACUCCCUGGCCUGCUAAGAGUUACUCACUCAGGCAAUCCCUGCUCCACCAGAGGAGACUGUCCAAUUGCCAAGCAACCCACUGCUGGCCAAUCACAGAGCUUGGAGGUGAUGUCAUGGCGAGAGCGAGCAGUGGUGCUGAUGUUGAGAGAAGCCCAGGGUACCACUAAUUGAGGGAGUGAGGAAGAGAGCAGCUCGCUUCUAACUGGACUGCACGUUGGUGACAGCGUCCCGAGCUGGUGACAGACCCACUCUGUAACUUUCAGCUAGAUUCAGCCACCAGAUCCCAGAAAUAUGACCCUUGCUGCCUACAAAGAGAAGAUGAAGGAGCUCCCGCUGGUGUCCUUGUUCUGCUCCUGCUUCCUGGCCGAUCCCCUGAAUAAGUCGUCCUACAAAUAUGAAGCAGACACGGUGGACCUGAAUUGGUGCGUCAUUUCCGACAUGGAAGUCAUCGAGCUGAACAAAUGCACCUCGGGCCAGUCCUUUGAAGUCAUCCUGAAGCCACCCUCCUUUGAUGGGGUGCCCGAGUUCAACGCCUCCCUGCCCAGGCGGCGAGACCCAUCCCUGGAAGAGAUCCAGAAGAAACUAGAAGCGGCUGAGGAGCGAAGGAAGUACCAGGAAGCGGAGCUCCUGAAACACCUAGCAGAGAAACGGGAACAUGAGAGAGAGGUGAUCCAAAAGGCCAUUGAGGAAAACAACAACUUCAUCAAGAUGGCUAAGGAAAAACUGGCCCAGAAGAUGGAAUCCAACAAGGAGAACAGGGAGGCCCACCUCGCCGCCAUGUUGGAACGGCUGCAAGAGAAGGACAAGCACGCCGAGGAGGUGCGGAAAAACAAGGAGCUGAAGGAAGAGGCCUCCAGGUAAAGCCUAGAGGCCAAAGAACUUUCCAGGUCAGCCGGACAGCUCCAGCAGCUCCACGUUCCAGGCAGCCUCGCCCGCCGGCUGCACUCCCAGCACUGGGGUUUGGGGGGAGGGGGGUGGCCAAGGGGCGUUUCCUCUGCUUUUGGUGUUUGUACAUGUUAAGAAUUGACCAGUGAAGCCAUCCUAUUUGUUUCCGGGGAACAAUGACGGGGUGGGAGAGGGGAGAGGAGAGAGUUUGGGAAAGGGAGAUGCAGAAGAACUCAAGGACGUUGCAACCCUGCCCGGCGCAGAUCUGAUUUUCACAUCUCUACCUGGACAUUGAGCCUCCAGGCACCAUGUUGAGGAGAGAUGAAAACCAGGGCGGUAGAACUUCAGGGUGAAGGACAGAGUCCUGGGUGGGGCAGCGGCUGCAGGGCGCACCAGAGAACCCAGCCAGAGGGGGUGUGAGUACCAGUGGUGUUGCUUUCGCCCUGCAGCAGGUGGGAUGAAGUCUGUGUGUGUGUGUGAACCAUCAUUUUUUGAUCAUCAUGACCAAUGAAACAUUGA